UUUCUACAUUGUACUUUACUUUCUACCUUCUUGUGGUGGGAAUGAUAAGUUUGCUCUAAAUGAAACCAAAAAUGAAUGUUUUUUUUCUUUCUUUCAGCUUAUCAUAAAUGUAUUACAAUCUUAAUUAUCCUGGGAAAUUUUAAGAUUUAAAUAAAAAUCAUGCUUGAGGUGGAGUUGCUUGUACUGGUUUAGGGUUUAGGCUAAAGAUUCCAGAAUAUGUAAAAUUCAGGAUUUUUACGAAACUAGCAUCUUAAUCUUGAAUUUCAGAUCUAAUUUGGAAAUUAAUUUGACUAAUUUCAAUGCAGAUUGUGGUUUAUUCAGUGGAAUUCAAAUCUAGUAUUUAGAAAGUAUGGGCUUAGUCUGCAGCAGAAGUCGGCGUUAUCGGGAUUCUGAUCCUGAAGAAAAUGCACAGGCAGCAGUAAUUGAAAGAAGAAUAGAGUCAGAAACAAAGGCUGAGAAACAUAUUCAGAAACUUCUACUACUAGGUGCGGGAGAGUCCGGGAAAUCUACAAUCUUUAAGCAGAUUAAACUUUUGUUUCAAACUGGCUUUGAUGAGGCUGAGCUAAGAAGCUACACACCAGUCAUUUUUGCUAAUGUGUAUCAGACUAUAAAAGUACUGCAUGAUGGGGCAAAGGAGUUGGCUCAAAACGAUCUUAAUUCUGCAAAGUAUGUUAUAUCCGAUGAGAGCAAGGACAUUGGUGAAAAACUUUCAGAAAUUGGAAGCAGGCUGGAUUAUCCUCAUCUCACUAAGGAUCUUGCAAAGGAAAUAGAGACUCUAUGGGAGGAUGCUGCCAUUCAGGUGGCCGAUUGAACGUCCUCUACCUUGAUCCAUGUAUAUAGUUAUUUUUUGUGAUCAAUUUACUCCA